AUGUGUGUUCUUUAUUUUCAACUCAUUUUCACCUAUUUGGUUUUUGCCAUAGUUCCAUAUGUGGAGGUGAAGGGUGAGAGCGGACACUACUUCCUGUUGGUCCAGGGGUCAGAGGGCGGAGGCUGCAAGGCCCGCAUGAUACACUCAGCCAAUCAGAUCAAUGGAGCCGCUGCCACGGCAACCGUCAAUGGGCUUCUGAAAGAGAAUUCGUGUCGUCUUCAGGUGCUUGUAUGUUCCACCACUACAGACUGGCUGUACUCCCUGCCCUGUCUCCAUGGAGACCAACUGCUACAGAGGGAGAGGAAGUUGGCCGAGGUGCAGACUCUGGUCCUAAAGGAGUGCCUGAGACGUAGAGAAGAGGCAGAGAAGCCGGCUUCAAUACCAGUCAAUGACCUGAAGAUCUUGCUCAGCCUGGCCAGAGAACAGUACCUCAAGAUGCAUGACUCUACCCUGCCUAAAGCCUCUACCCUGCCUAAAGCCUCCAGUCUGCCCAGAGUUGAGCCCUGUGGAGCAGAGGAGGUGAACCUCACUACGAAGACGACAGAGUUCAUUAAACACUCCCAACAUGCUGAUUGGCCAGAGAGAAGUGUUCUGCAGAACUAUGAGAACCUCCAGAGGACUCGUCAGAAGCUGAGGUUUGGUCUGCUGUCUGGCAGCUCAUCUGACUGUCUGCUGGGGCCUAAAGACAUCCAGGGUCAGAGAACCACCCCAGCCUUGCUGGAUGCCAAAGAGCUGCUUAGACACUUCACACCAGACGGCCUGCCCACCGGAGAUCUGCAGCCUCUAUUAGUCCAGAGACUAGGGGGAAAUACAUUCCAGAUGUCUCCAGACUUGACCCCCAGGAAAGUGACCCAGAUCCCCUUCAGCCAAGCAGCCAGCUCCCACUACCAUGGACUAGAGUUUUGUCUGGACGAGCAGGGCCACAAGGCCUUGGACCGGGACCAGGGCUUCAUCCGGCUGCAGUCUCGUCUGAUUCGCUACGAGACCCAGACCACCUGCUCCAAGGAACCUUGUCCCGUCCCCUUCGCCUUAAGCCCCGCCCCCUCGCCGGCCGUGCUGUCUGAACCAGGAAGUGUCCCGGAUGGAGAGGCCCUCCUCAACUCUGACCUGCCCAGGAUCAAGAGACGAUCCUGGGAUACAGACGCCACCCACCCCUAUAAGAGGCUGGCCAAGUCGGAGAGUAGUGAGUCCCUGGGCUCUGUGUGCAGUGGCAGCAGUGGAACUGAUACCCACCCAGCUGUGAGAGGCUUGAGACUGCAGAAAACCAGGUCUCAGUCCUCCUCCUCCUCUGUCUCAGCCCUAAGAAUGGGCCCCCGGGGGCCAGAGAAGCACCACCCUGACCCCCAAAACAGCCACAGAGCCCCCCAGGCCCAGGGACAGGCAGAGGACAAGGCCAGCAAGGAGUCUCGCUCCCAGAAACACGCCCGGGUAAGAGGUUAUUGGAUCUGUUGGGGAAAUAUUUCUGUGUUGUACAGCAUGUAGAUAUUCACAUAGAGGAUCGAUCUCUAUAGACAGACGCACAACAUCUAGAUACAUAGUCUUCCAUUAGGUUAUGCUGUACUAUAUUGACAUAGUGUAGCCCUCCACUAGUUAACUAGGACAUGAUGACUCUGCUGCAGAUGUCUAACGACAGCAGUACAUUCCUUUCUGUUAAGAUCUGUGAGGGGCCUCCUGAGUGGUGCAGCGGUACAUUCCUGUCUGUCCUACCAUUAUCCACAAUGUUAAGAUCUGUGAGGGGCCUCCUGAGUGGUGCAGCAGUACAUUCCUGUCUGUCCUACCAUUAUCCACAAUGUUAAGAUCUGUGUGGUGCAGCAGUACAUUCCUGUCUGUCCUACCAUUAUCCACAAUGUUAAGAUCUGUGAGGGGCCUCCUGAGUGGUGCAGCAGUACAUUCCUGUCUGUCCUGCCAUUAUCCACAAUGUUAAGAUCUGUGUGGUGCAGCAGUACAUUCCUGUCUGUCCUGCCAUUAUCCACAAUGUUAAGAUCUGUGAGGGGCCUCCUGAGUGGUGCAGCGGUACAUUCCUGUCUGUCCUACCAUUAUCCACAAUGUUAAGAUCUGUGUGGUGCAGCAGUACAUUCCUGUCUGUCCUACCAUUAUCCACAAUGUUAAGAUCUGUGAGGGGCCUCCUGAGUGGUGCAGCAGUACAUUCCUGUCUGUCCUACCAUUAUCCACAAUGUUAAGAUCUGUGUGGUGCAAUGGUACAUUCCUGUCUGUCCUACCAUUAUCCACAAUGUUAAGAUCUGUGUGGUGCAGCAGUACAUUCCUGUCUGUCCUACCAUUAUCCACAAUGUUAAGAUCUGUGUGGUGCAGCAGUACAUUCCUGUCUGUCCUACCAUUAUCCACAAUGUUAAGAUCUGUGUGGUGCAGCGGUACAUUCCUGUCUGUCCUGCCAUUAUCCACAAUGUUAAGAUCUGUGUGGUGCAGCAGUACAUUCCUGUCUGUCCUGCCAUUAUCCACAAUGUUAAGAUCUGUGUGGUGCAGCAGUACAUUCCUGUCUGUCCUACCAUUAUCCACAAUGUUAAGAUCUGUGUGGUGCAGCGGUACAUUCCUGUCUGUCCUGCCAUUAUCCACAAUGUUAAGAUCUGUGUGGUGCAGCAGUACAU